AUGAAUGAGGACAAAAAAGGCAAACAGCCCACAUCUCGCGCCCCUAACCGAGCCUCCAAUUCUGUCCGACCAAGAAGCCAUUCCAGUCGAUUCCAACCGCUGCCUGUACACAUUGAAAUACACCCCCGUAGCAGUAUAGAUCCUUCUUCUUCGAUAUCAGAACGGCGGCCUACAACUCACAGGCCUUCGGUAAGAUUCUCACAGAACGGUCCUGAAGUCAACGAUAACCGUCAAUCUGUUGGAAGCUUCUCUAGAGACCCGAGCCCUCUUGGACAACACGUGGCGCGCGUACCAUUUCCCGGGCGAUCAGCCUUCCAUCCUAGAGAAAGUACCAUUCCUGAACAACCCCCCCAGGAAGACCUAGGCUCGCCAUCAUCAGUUUUAUACCCAGUUGACGAUAUCAGCCACCCCACAGUCCCUGAUAUCCCACCUGUGAGCUCAACCGGAGAUACAGAUACGGUCCAAAACAAUAUGAACUAUAACCAUUAUGGCUACGGUUCGAGCGCGCCAAAUCGGGACUCGUCUGCGGCUCCUCCAGCCUGGCAAGCAGAGGACGCUGAAAAGAUUCAAUUGAAAGCGGAGCUAGAGGCUUAUAAAACUUUGGAUAAAAAGCUAAAAGCCGCUGACGAAAGAAAAAAGAGAGAGCAACAGAUCCGGGAGGAAACUGAAAUCCAGUUCCAGAACCGCAUGGAAGAGAUACGAAAGGCUCGGGAAAGCGCGAAGCUGGAAAUAGAGAGAGUAAAGAAAGAAGCUGAAACGGCUGCUUGGGAGAGAGCUGAAGCGGCGAGGAGGGAGCAGGAGGCAGAAAAGAUUCGCCAUGACCAUCAAGCCAAAAUCAUGGAAAGCGAGAUCAGAGCAAAAAUUGAAGCGGAGAGAAAAGCUGAGGAAGCAGAGAAAAUGGCUAAAGAAAAGAUAGAGAGGGAGAUGGAAAUGAGGUUGCACGCCAAGAUGAUGGAAAAGGUUGAUGACUUCAUGGAAGUCGCCAAACAACGAUUUCUGGCGCAAGAGAUGGCCAACACUCCUCAAAGGACUUUUGAAGCAACUCAAAGUCCAAAGAAGGUGAAUUUCAGCGAACCUCAAGCCCAGAACAUGAACCAAUACAUGGACCAACGCACUAUAUCACCUAGUCAGCCUCGAAGUACCAUGGGUUACCCUCCGGAUAAUGUCUCGUACCGCACUCCUCACGCUUCGCCAUCAUCUCAACCUCGGUAUCCUCCUUCAAUCGUCGAAGGAUCGUGUAGCAGCCGGCCACCUUCCGUCCCUAGUGCACCAGACCAAUCCCAGUACCCGGACGAUAUGAGGUACCAUCACCGCAAUAUGUACUUCGAGGAUCACUACCCUGCAUAUCGAGGAUCCCCAGGCGGUCCAACUAGCUAUCGGCCUCAAAGAUACGAUGAUUGGCCACCAUCACCACGGUACCGCGAUAGAGGUCGUAUGCCUAUGCAUCCAGACCUUAUUCAACAGUUGGCAUAUGCCGUCACCGAGGUGCUCCAGCAACAAGCCUACAAUAACUCCAUGGAGCGAGAUGACGGUCCGGCUUAUCCCUACGCUCCGUCUGCCAGCCAAGCGUCGAUAGAUCCUAGAGAAUAUGCGUUCGCCGCGGAUCGGGCUGCUGCGCUGGAAGAACAGCAACGUCGUAGAGACGAGCAAGCCUAUAGACAAAUAUUGGCACAGCAACUGCAAUCGAUGAACAUAUCAGGUGGACAUAAUCGGCCUUUUGACAUGCCUCUCCCAUCUCCAAACUCGAUGCCGCGAACCCAACGGUCCCGAGCUGAGAGUGUUGUUACUAGCGAGAAGGGUUCGGAGAGCUGCAGAACAAAAGUGUCUGCCUAUCAGACUCCGCCGCAAAAUAGUGGAAACCCCGUAUACCUUGAUCCAACAAGACUAGCUACGCUUCCAGUGGCGCCAAUGCCGCCCAGAGAGACUGAGUAUACUCCCGAGAGAGAUCUGGCUUCUCGUGGCAACGAUGGGUCCAAUACAAAUGUUAAUUCGUCCAUGAGGGCUUCUGUCAGAGGAAUGAAAGUAGAGGACUUUCUAUCAACAGCUAAAGCCUAUAUCAACCGUUCAGGAAAUAGAUAA